CGUUGGCUUGAUUGAUGUGUCCUUUUAGAGAUCUCCGUAAACUAGCCAAUUAACAUGAUGUCACCUUGCUGACUCAGCAUGUUUGUAGAAACUACUGACCCCCGGCCCUGUGCUGAUAUUAAUAAUAUGCCUUCUUCAAGCAAGGAUAACUGGUUGCGUAACUAUGAGGCCCUGGUGGAGUUAGGGGCGCAGAUCGGAGUCAAGAUAAGAGAGAGAGAUGCCGGCGGGUACGGGAAAAAGGCCAGCAGCACUAUCAGCAAGUUGCUGUCUGAGUACCAACAGAAGUUGCAGUCUCUCAAAGGAGCUCUACACACGCUCUCCACCAACUACUCAAUCUCAGACCAUGAGUACACUCGGAGAAAAGAGAUGAUCGAGGAGCUCGAUGUAAAGUAUGAACAGUUGAGCAAGUCACGACGGACAGGCUGGUCCACAAACACACCGAAUGGGGGGAGCACUGAGCCAUGGGAGGGGGGUGCUCCAGGUGCCGCCCAACGACUAUCGAUGGAUGAGAUUCGCCGUGAACAGCAAGAAAUGAUCACUGAGCAAGACCAAGGACUGGAGAACCUGUCCAAAGCUCUGCGUAGACAAGCCGAGAUGGGGUUGGCCAUGCAGGGCGAAAUUACUGAGCACAAUGCCCUGAUUGACGAGAUAGAUGGUGCUGCCACCAAGACUGAUGACAAGAUACGCUUCCACACACGGAGGGUGGAGGAGGUACGGAGAAAAGACAGCUGCAAGUGUACCUGUGCUCUGGUGUCUACCAUUCUCCUGCUGUUACUGGCCAUUAUUGUCAUUGCAGCCGUACCCUACGGGGGAAAGGGAUAGCUCAAUCGAACAUUGUCUGUGUUUGUGUGUUUGUGUGUGCCAUUAUAAGUUAAAUGUUCACUCUUAUUGUGUUUAUCCAUGUCAAUUACAGUGUUGAUGUAGAUCUAAUGGA